AUCAUAUCUUGCAUGGAGUCUCUUGAUGAUCUAUAAAUCUUUUUUGUUUUGUUUUUUGUUUUUUUGUUUUUUUGAGUGGGUGAGAUUGGCUCGACACCACCACCACAAAUAUUCAUAGAAUUUUCUUAGGCAAGCUGGUUUUGCCAGUUCCUCUGAAAUAGAGCCAUCUGUAUUUGUUGGUGGACUCCCAUCCAAUGCUAACCAGGUUUGACUCUGCUUAGUUUGCAAGAUCAGAUGAGAUCUGGUGCCAUGCUCUAUGAUAACUAGUAGUCUUCUUUUCUGUAUGCAAACAGAGGUUGUGCCGUCAGUAUACGCACGUCAAAGCAAAAUAGGUCGUAUCAGUUGGGUGAGUAUAGCUUUAUUUCAAUCUGAGCUUCUGGGGAGGCUUGGAAUCAGGAAGUUGCUCCAAAUUACGCAAAAAUGUGGGCAUUGUUGAAGGAUUUUAUUUAAAUGCUGCCAAGCGACAUUCUCUGCCUCACUGCUAAAGUUUCACACUAGUGUUUAUGUGCACUCAAACAAGUGCCUUGGUGGUCCAGUUUAGCUAGAAAACUAUUGGGCAUUGAGGAAAUAGUAAAGCUUUAAAUAGGUGUUUUGGACGUCUUCAGAAAACCAACAGAGUUUUUUUUAUUGUAAAUCUCUACUCAAAACUCAGUAUUCUUGCAGUUUCACUUCUUUCAAAUGCAGAACCAUGACUAAGAAGUUCCUCUUUUGGAAUGUUUCCUCCCAUUGUGCAUGUCAUUCAGUUUUGUAAGAUUUCACUGCUGUCAAAUUAAUCCAUUUUGUUUUCUAAUUCUCAAGAAGCAGUUAAACAUGGAUAAGAGAAUGCCUUUCCUGGGACUUGUAUCUAUAUUGAUUCUUUUAGUCAACCUACACCAAAAUGUGACCCCUUACUCACUGGAGAACUGUGAGAUCCAUGACAACGCAGAAAACGAAACAAAAGUUUUGUGCUACCACAGAAACCUGAGUGAAGUCCCAGCUCAUCUGCCAAGCAAAGUUGUUUUCCUGGAUUUGUCUGAGAACAGAAUUGCAAGUCUGAGGAAGAACAGCUUCAGCAACCUGAUUCACCUGCAUGUUCUGAAUAUUUCUCAGAACCAAAUUCAUCACAUUGAAGAAGGUGCUUUUGUGAACACAUGUCACUUGGAGAUCUUGAACCUCACUGGGAAUCAGCUCCACCUUAUCUCCAGUCCCAUGUUUGCUGGGCUCAGAAACCUCACCAUCUUGCUGCUUGGUAACAAUCAAAUAGACAAGAUUGAGACGUCUGCCUUUGUUCACUUGGAGAAAUUAAAGAUCUCAGGAACAAUCCUUUCACCUGUUGUUGCAGUAACCAAGACUUCCUCAGAUGGUCACCAAUGAAUCCUAAAACUCAGGUUCUCCAUUUCUCUGAGUACACCUGUGCCUCCCCUCCUGCCUAUAAAGAGAAGAAACUGUGGACUUUCAAGACAUCCUCUUGCACUGCUAACCAUGAUUUUAUCCUGUAUAUUACAAACACAGCUGC